AUGGAUGCGUGCGCCUGCGCUCUGGAGAUGCUGGGGAUAUUUGUGUAUGUUGGAGCCUGGCUGUGUACAUUAGCUACCACCAUCAUGCCCCAGUGGCUGACCAUGUCCACUGAGCUGCUGGCCAUCGAGAGUUACGAGCUGGGUUUGUGGGAGACGUGUGUGGUGCAGGAAGUCGGGGGCAUGGAGUGUAGGUCUUAUGACAGCCUGCUGGGCCUCUCCUACGACAUCAAGCUCGCCCGUAUCCUCAUGUGUAUUUCCCUUGCCAUUGGCCUUCUGGGAAUCCUGGUGGCUAUACCGGGCCUUUACCUGGUCAACAGCUGUAAAGGACAGGAAGGCCAUCAGACUAAGAAGAUCUUGACAACAAUGGGUGGAGUGCUGGGAAUCCUGGCUGGAGUACUCUGUCUGGUUCCAGUAUCGUACGUUGCCCAUUUAGCAGUAUUGCAAUUUUUUGAUGAGACUGUACCUGAAGUGGUGCCCCGAUGGGAGUUUGGAGAUGCUUUGUUCUGUGGUUGGGUAGGAGGAUUUCUCCUCAUAGUGUCUGGGCUCCUUCUGGUUUCCUCAUGUUUAUGUUCCCUGACAAAUCACCAGCCGGCACUGCGGAGAUACCAGGUCAGGAGUACUGAUAUUUCCCCCAGGAAGCGUUCAGAGUAUGUUUAA